AUAAUAUGUAUGAUAUGAUAUGAUCAUAUAUGAUAUAAGUGUGAUAAUCAUACCUAAUAGAAUUAAUAGUUAUAAUAUGAUAAUAUAAUAAUUGGUAUUUCGUUCUUGAAUUUUAUUCUUUUGUAGGUAUUAAUUACUAACACCUAAGGAAUUAAUAUUACAGUUUAUAACUUAAAACCAAUAAUCAAGUGAUCUGAAUUCUAAAAAUCAAGGUAGGUACUUAGCAGAUUAUAACAGUUUGAUUUAUUUUACAGAGUAAAAAUAUUAAUGUUUAUAUAUUUACGCCAAAUAAAAACAAUUAAAUGUAUACUAAUUUGGUUUUAUAUAAUUUUGAUUUACAGUGAAUUUUGAAAAACAUUAGUAAUGAAAUGCACCUUUUAAAAUUUAGAUUUUCAAUUUAAACUGUACAAUUACCUAUCAGUUGACUGAAAUGGGUCAAUUUGUAAGUACAUCUCAACUCGACAGUGACAACAGCAACGAUGAACUUAUUAAUUCAUUGAUAAAGAAUGAAUACAUACAUACGAUUAAAGUAGAAAAAGCUUUUAGAUCUGUUGAUCGUGGAUUUUAUUAUAACGAUGAAGAAAAACAUCAUGCCUAUAGGGAUUCAGCCUGGCAGUCUGAAGCAAUGCAUUUGUCUGCCCCAUGUGUUUAUGCUACCGUUUUAGAGUGUUUAGAGCUAUGUUCUGGACACAAGUUUUUAAAUAUUGGCUCUGGUAUUGGUUAUUUUAGUACGGUGGCUGGUUUUUUAUUGGGUAAUUUUAAAACUUAAUAAUUAUGUAUUUAUGUAAGAUCUUAGAAUACGUUUUCCGAUAUUAAAAUUGAUGGAAAUGAAUUUUUUUAAAUUAUAUAAGAUUGAUGGUUUUAGUUUUUCUAUUUAGGUAGAAACGGUGUUAAUCAUGGAAUUGAAAUUAAUAAAACAUUAAUAGAUUUUGCACAUGAAAAAGCAGCAGAAUUUAAAUUAAAUGCUGCAGCAAUAGAUUAUCAUGAUCUUUGUGAACCAAUUUUUAUCCAGGGUAUGUUAAGAAUAAUAUAUGAGCAAUGUGUUAAAUAAAUAAUUUUUAAAUUAAAUUAAUAAAUUUAUUCAAUUUAUUUAUUAAUAAUUUGUAUCAAUUAUAAUUGAUGUAGGGAAUGCAUGUGAAUUAUUACCAACGGGUUACUAUGAUCGAGUUUAUUGUGGAGCUGCUGUACCACCUGAAAAAUCUGAAUUUAUGAAAUCUCUUAUUAAGGUUUUAUUUUCUAUUAGAUACACAAAAAAUAUAUACAAAGUUAUUUUGACUAUUUUUUUUAGAUUGGUGGAAUAUUAGUUAUGCCAUUAGAAGGAUCUCUGUUAAAAGUAACUAGAAAAGAUGAGCAUUUAUGGAAUACAGUUGAAGUAUUAGGAGUAACAUUUACAAAUCUCAUUGUACCUGAACGUUGUAGUUUUAAAACAGUAACUUUUCGUAAGUUUAAUAUUGAAAUAUUUUGAAUUUUGAUUUAGUUUCAAUUUUGUAUUAUUUUUUAGCUCCUGUCGAACCAUUAACUUUGCAAGAGUUGUGUAGGUCUAAUAUUCGUUUGUUUAUGCGCGAAAACCUGCAAAAUCAAACUCCCGAAUUGAAAAUGCGCACUAAAUGCAAUUUAGUUAUUAACCCAGACAAACGUUUUGGCAUUGAUCCAUUUAAUCAAUUUGUGCGCAUACAAUAUGGUGGUGAUCCAGAGGAAACACUUCAUUUACAAAACAUAGUAAAUACAAUUACUGGGUUGAAUGAUUCCUCCUCUGAUGAAUCUUCUGUAAUAGAAGAAGAAGAAUUUAUGAAUGAUGAGGAUAUCAUUGAUAGUGAUAAUGAUGAAGAAGAAAAUAAUAUGGCUGAAGCAUUGUCUGAUGAAUCGUGUAAAAGGAAGUCCUCUGAAGCCGGAUGUUCUAACCAACAUAAGACAUCAACAGAAUCAGAAAAUCCAAAACGAAUGAGAAUGAACUCAACUACUCUGAGUUUACCUUCCACUUCAUCACAAACUAUUAGUGAUUUAUGGGAAACCAUAUCUACUGAUACCACCAGAUCAUCAGUGUUAAAUAAUGAUGAUAAUGUUAGUUGGAUAUCUUCUAUAGAUUCAAAUGAAUAUGAAGGAUUUUUUGGAGAAUCUCCAAGAAACCAUUAUAUUAAUGGAGUAUAUCGUUCGUUGUUUGACAAUUUAGAUAGAAGUAGUAAUGAAAGCGAAGAUAAUAGUGAAGCUACUAGUGACUUGACAAAAUAUAGUUUCAUAAGUGAUUACAGAUUUAAUGAGUUGAGUAAACGUUUAAAAGAAACAAUUUACUCGUUAUCAAUACCAACUCGGCUCAAACUUUUCCUUAACUAUAACAGGAUUGAUUAAUCAGUAGGUAGGUAUUAAAGUAAUAAAUAUAUAUAUAUAUACUAUGACUAUUUGUGAAACAAAAUUAUGUAUGUUAAAUAAUCUUUUAGUUUACUAAUUAAUUUAAAUACAAAGUAUUUUGUUUUGUUUUAAGCUUAAUAAUAUUUUUGAUUUUAUAAUUAUCAUUAUUUAAAUGUAAGUUUUGUUAUUCAAUAUUUAUUUUAUUUUAUCUACUAUUGCCCAUAAAAAGGUAAUGUAUAAUGCAAACAUUAAUUUGUAUUAUUUAUUUUACAAUUAUGUAUAUUGUUAAAGGUUUACAUUUUUUUCUUAUAAUGAUGAUGUGCUUGAAGUUAUCUAAAUUUAUCAAUAAAAUUAAAUAUUCAAUAUUA